AUUGAGCGGCGUGUGGACGUAAACAUGGAGCAAAGUGUUGGGUCACUACAGGAGCAGGCCCUGAAGAGAAAAGAGAGGCUAAAAGCACUGAAAGACAAAAAACUUCAUGGGCGACAGGAAGAUGAGGAGCCAGAGAAGAAAAAAGCUUUACUAGAGGAGACUGCUGAAGAGCGGCACAGAGAACUGAAGCUGAGGAAUUACACCCCGGAGGAUGAGGAGCUGAAGACGAGGCAGGUGCCCAAAGCCAAACCUGCAUCAGUGGAGGAUAAAGUGAAAGACCAGUUAGAGGCUGCUCAUCCAGAGCCCAUCAUUGAAGAAGUGGAUUUGGCCAACCUCGCUCCAAGAAAGCCAGACUGGGACCUAAAGCGUGACGUGGCAAAGAAAUUGGAGAAGUUGGAGAGAAGAACACAGAGAGCCAUCGCUGAGCUCAUCCGGGAUCGUCUCCGAGGCACUGACGAGGAGUUGGCCGAAGUGGUGGGAGCAGUCAGGAUGGAGGAGGGAGACUCAGACUGAAUCCAAGAUGUGACAGAGCAGAUUACAGAACAGAGGCCUCGGUUUACUGGGACUGUACUGUCGCAUCUGUGUCGUGCUCAAAGAGACGUGUACAUACCUCGCUGCAGGGAGUAAAAAAAUGUUUUGUCAGGUCUUCAUAUUCCCUUGUCCCAUUGCAUUACUACAUAUGAAUAUGUAGUGAUACAUUCACUUUAUUUGGUUCAUUAAGGUGCACUGUUGAUGUUAUCAUCAAUAUGUUUGUUGUUUUAUAUUUUCAAGUAAAAGAAUGUACAUUUU